AUGUCUGCUCUGAGUGCAAUUUCACUGUGGCCUCAAAAGCUCUUCUGGUGCCAGCCAACCCCAAGAAAACGCUAUAUAUCCUGUUGUAUGUCUACCCCUUCACUUACAAAAGGUUCACAUGCGACCAUAGUACCUCGUCGACAACUGUCUGGAAGAAAAGAAGGAGCUGGAAAGAGUAUGGAGGAUUCAGUUAAACGCAAAAUGGAGCAAUUUUAUGAAGGCCCUGAUGGGCCACCAUUGCGUAUACUGCCAAUCGGUGGUUUAGGAGAAAUCGGGAUGAAUUGCAUGCUAUUAGGGAAUUAUGACCGAUACAUUUUGAUCGAUGCUGGUGUAAUGUUUCCAGAUCACGAUGAACUUGGUGUCCAGAAGAUUAUACCUGAUACCACUUUUAUCAAGAAAUGGAGCCACAAAAUCGAAGCUGUUAUUAUCACUCAUGGGCAUGAAGACCACAUUGGUGCGUUGCCUUGGGUCAUCCCGGCCUUGGAUUCACAGACACCAAUAUAUGCUUCAUCAUUUACAAUGGAGCUUAUUAAGAAGCGCCUGAAGGAGUUUGGUAUCUUUGUACCAUCUAGACUAAAGGUAUUUAAAACACGGAGGAGAUUUGAUGCCGGUCCUUUUGAAGUUGAACCGAUUAGGGUUACACAUUCUAUUCCAGAUUGUUCUGGGUUGGUUUUCCGGUGUGCUGACGGUACUAUUCUUCACACAGGAGAUUGGAAGAUAGAUGAGUCACCAUUGGAUGGGAAUGUUUUUGAUCGUGAGGCUCUAGAAGAACUUUCAAAAGAAGGAGUGACGUUGAUGAUGAGUGACUCAACAAAUGUACUUUCCCCUGGAAGGACAUUGAGUGAGACAGUCGUGGCAGAUUCAUUAUUAAGACAUAUUUCAGCUGCCAAAGGAAGGGUUAUCACUACCCAGUUUGCUUCAAAUAUACAUCGACUUGGUAGUGUAAAAUCUGCAGCAGAUCUGACUGGAAGGAAGUUGGUAUUUGUUGGUAUGUCCUUGAGAAGUUACCUUGAUGCAGCAUGGAAAGAUGGAAAGGCACCUAUUGACCCUUCUACUCUGGUGAAAGUGGAAGAUAUUGAUGCUUAUGCCCCAAAAGACUUGCUAAUUGUCACCACUGGUUCUCAAGCUGAACCACGUGCUGCACUAAAUCUUGCAUCCUAUGGAAGUAGUUAUUCUCUCAAGCUGAACAAAGAAGAUCUUAUUUUAUAUUCUGCUAAGGUAAUUCCAGGUAAUGAAAAGAGAGUCAUGAAGAUGCUUAAUCGUGUAUCAGAAAUUGGAUCAACUGUAGUUAUUGGGAAGAAUGAACUACUGCACACAUCUGGUCAUGCCCAUCGUGAAGAAUUGGACGAAGUGCUUAAAAUUGUUAAACCACAACACUUCCUACCUAUUCAUGGGGAACUCCUGUUCUUGAAAGAGCAUGAAUUGUUGGGAAAGUCAACCGGCAUUCGCCAUACUACAGUUAUAAAGAACGGGGAGAUGCUGGGGGUAUCUCAUUUACGUAACAGAAGAGUUCUAUCUAAUGGUUUCAUUGCCCUUGGCAAAGAAAAUUUGCAGUUGAUGUAUAGUGAUGGUGACAAAGCAUUCGGCACGGGAUCUGAACUUUGUAUUGAUGAGAGGAUGAGAAUUGCAUCAGAAGGCAUUAUAGUGGUUUGCAUGGAAAUCAUGCGCCCUCAAGCUGCAGAUGGUUCAGUCGAUGCGGCUUUGAAAGGAAAAAUAAGAAUUACCACAAGGUGCUUAUGGCUUGAUAAAAGAAAACUUCUGGAUGCACUUCAUAAGGCUGCACAUGCUGCAUUGUCAAGCUGCCCAAUAUCUUGCCCUCUGGCUCACAUGGAAAGAACUGUUUCUGAAGUUUUAAGAAAAAUGGUAAGGAAGUAUAGCAGCAGAAGACCAGAAGUCAUAGCUAUUGCUAUCGAGAAUCCGGCUGCAGUUCUUGCCGAUGAGAUCAAUGGGAAACUGUCCGGAAAGUCGCAUAUUAAUUCUGGUAUCUUAGCAUUGAGGAGAGCAGUUAAUGAGAAAAGAAGAAAACCAAUUAAGAUACCAGAGGAAAAUGACUCUGGUCUUGCAAUUAACAAAAGAAUGUCAGAAAAAGAAUUAGAAGUCCCACACGAGGAAGGAGUUGUAUUGCAUUCGAAAUUGGCAGAGAGGGGUGUUGAUGUUGAUGAAUCUGUUGGUUUCUGGACGUCAUUUUUAUCCUCGCCAGUUUCCAAUCAACAAGAGGAUAACAAUGAUUUGGUUCGAGAGAGCGGUAAAGAAGACAUGAUUGAACUCAACCACAAUGUUUCAAAAUCUCAACUAAAAACUUCCACCUCUUCGAAAAGGAAUAAAUGGAAACCUGAAGAGGUGAAGAAGCUGAUUAAAAUGCGCGGGGAACUUCACAGCAGAUUCCAAGUUCUCAAAGGUCGAAUGGCUCUCUGGGAAGAGAUAUCUUCGAGUUUAUUGUCGGAUGGAAUCAGUAGAAGUGCUGGGCAGUGCAAAUCCCUUUGGGCAUCCUUAGUUCAGAAAUAUGAGGAAAGUAAGGGUGAUCAAAAAGCCCAAAAGAGCUGGCCGUAUUAUGGCGAUUUGGACAGUAUUUUGUCAGAUUUGGAAGCUAAUGUGCCCAAAUGA